AUGUCGAACGCCCAUGCACUACAUGUGCUGAAGGUGGCCGUGGCGCAAAUUUGCCAGACAAUCGGAUGGCAUUCCGCGCACUCGACUACGAUGGAGCUGCUUGUCGAUGUGACGCAACACUUCCUGCGUGAAAUAUCGCGCAUCAUGCACCGGUACUCUGAGCUUUACAACCGAACGGAACCCAACCUGGACGAUUUGGCAAUGGCUUACAAGGACAUGGGUAUCAACCUGCAGGAGGUUAUGGAAUAUAUUCAGUUUGUGGAUCCAAUCCCGCUGGCCCUUGAGGUGCGGCGAUUCCCAAUUCCGAGAGAUUCGCAAUUGAGUUUUAUGAAACCGGGCAGCAAAGAAGUGCUGACGCGUCCGGUUCACAUUCCUGAGCAUAUGCCUCCGAUCUUUCUAGAGGUAGAGAACGACGAUCCGGGCUCCGGAGCACUCGUUAAUGGAGGGAAACUGAUCGGUGAUGCGGAGAUUUACGGUGUGAUGAAGGAAUGUUUUCAGUCGAGUGAAGCGGCUGCCGUUGUGACCGCCCUUGCAGUAGUCGCUCCCAACAUGGUGAAGAUGGACGACAGGCAGCAGCGCGGUAAUGCUCCGAUGUUGGCUGAAGAGACCACAAUGCUGGGGGACGCGCAGGUCAAUGCAGAAAUCGAAAUCCCUAUGCAAACUAUUGAAACUAAAGACCCGACUGCAUUGGCUGCUCGGGAAACUGAGACGGUGCCAGCAACAGCGAGUAACACCGUAGCCCCUGCUCUUGAGAAGGAGGCGGUUGUUAAAAAUGUCAUCAGCGCGCCGUUAACUGUAGAAGGACGGCCAACACGCGAGAUCAGCAGCGUCAUAAUGACAACGUCUGGUUUCAUAUCCCCGGCCCGCGCAGGUAAACUGCCCGAGUCAUGUAUACCAUUAAUACGAGAAGACAGGCCUACGAAACCAUCGUCUACAUCUUUCACUAGUUCUAUUAGCACUGCUGUGACACUUAACGCUGGGGCCAUGCUUCCGGUUGCGCCUGUUGUGGGUGCUAUGUACGGCGUCACGAACAAUCCAGCAACGGCGGAUGGAGUGUCUAGCGUAAAACAACGCGAUCACUAUGCCUCAGGCAGAAAAACUCGAAAAAAACCAGUUGAUAAGCAGCGGAAGAAGUCAUUGAAAAAAGGGACGACUGUUCCAUCCCAACCAACAGGAUCGUCACAAUCACAUUUUACUGGAAAGAAGAAUGACAAUGCCACAGCAUUGAAAUCCACCGCAGCGCCUUCCGAAUUUGCAGACUAUGGAGAACAGACACAUGCUUGUGGUGCGCUAAUCACAGCGGCUCAAACUAAAGCGCAUACCUAUUUGAAAAUGACAGUGCCAGAGUCGUCUAUUUCCGAAGGGCAGCUUUCGCCGUCUACUUUACCGAAGGCAAUCGCCAACUAA